GUUCGCACAGCCGCGCAUGGCCGCGCCGCAAAAUGGCCGGCAAGGCAGCGAAGGGAACGAACAGGCUCGAAAAUGACAUCUUUAAGUGCCGCGAUGAGUCCAACUGGAAGAAAAUACAGGAACUCGCAGAGCAACUUAUGCAGCGAGGCACCGGGCCCCAGUCAGAGGCCAUGGCCAGUUUCUUCAUCGGUGAGAGCAAGCUGGAACAGUUUCUGGAGGAACACCCCCCGACGGAGGCCAACAUCAACAAGGCCAAGACCGGCCUGACAGAGGCUAAGCGAUACCUCAACAACUGCUUCACCGAACAUGGAACCAAGGCUGGUGUCACGACUGAUGGCCACUUCCUACUCGCCAAACUGCUCUACGCGCAAGGUUUUUACGAGGAAGCCAUUACCCACCUGGACAGCGGCGGCAUUGACCGUCUCGAGGAGAAAUCCCUCUCGAACCGCAUUCUCAAAAUUCUCGCCGAGUCAUUUGCCAUCAAAGGCCUGUGCCUUGAGAAGGUGCCCCUCAAGACGACGAGCAAGACCAAGGCUGCCAACAGGGAGGACCAGAUCGUUGCCUACUUUGUGCAGGCCAGCGACCUGGCGCUGAAGUACCUCCAGGAGGUGGAGAAGUCACAAGGCACCGUGGGGGGUGUGGUCGCCACAGGAGCGGCCGGUGGCACAGCAGCUACAGUGGCUGCCUCGUCAUCGCCACUGCCACCCAAUACGGAGUACCGCAUUGGAACUGUCCUCGAGAGCGUGUUGCAGAGGGCACCGCUUCUUAUGAUCAAGGGCGGAAAACUGCGGCAAGCCAUCGACCAGUACCGAAACGUUCUGCGUGCGGAAGAGACGAGUUCCACGCAAUCACUUCGUCAGACGAUGUCCCGCCAGCUGGCCGAGGUGCUUCUGCGUGGCGUCUGCGAGACCAACUACAUCGACUACGAGCCUCGCAUCGAAAUUAAGAAGCAGGGAAAGCACUGGCGGCCCAACAAAUAUUCGGGGCAGUCAUUGUUCAUGCCAAGGACAGAAUACGAGGAAAUUCUCCUAUUGCUGUUCAUCAGCGAAGCUAUGGCAGUCCGCAAUGCGGUCCUAGACCGGUCCCCCGAGUUCCAGGAUGCCCGGGUUCAUUCGUACAACAAUGUCGUCGCCGUGUACGACUUACUCGUUUUUGUCCUCGCCCGGUUGGGCCAAUUCCAGAUCCUGUGUGAGUCAUUCGAGCGAGCUAUGAAGUUCUCGUUCGAGGAGUACCACGUCUGGAUGCAGUUCUCCCUCUCCUUGCUCUCGUACGGGAAGCACCUCAGAGCUACCCUAAUGCUCAAGGAGUGUGCACGGCUUCAGCCACACAACAGCUUCCCCUGCCUCCUGGCUGCUAAGGUAUGUCUGGAGAACCUCGGGAAUGUUGAGCAAGGCGUGGAAUUUGCGGAAGAGGCACUCAACCGCGAGAAGCGGAACCCGCAGAGCCUUCUGGCGCAGUGCCACCUGGUGCUCGGUGUGGGAUUCGCGCUGAUGGCGGAGCAGCGGAGGCCUCAGAGCAAACGGGCGGAGUUCAAGGCAUCUGCAUUCCAGUGUUUUCUCAGGGCACAGAGCGCGGACCCGUACCACCACCUCCCCGAAUACCACCUAGCCCUGCAUUACGCGGAAGUUCGGCAGCUGAACAAGGCCGUGUCACACGCAAAGCGAGCGCUCGAGCUCAACCCCGAGCAUGUUCACACGCUGCACCUGCUGGCACUUCUGCUGUCUGCGCAGAAGCAGCACGGCGAGGCGCUUCAGCUCAUCAAUGCCACCCUCGAGGAGUACCCAAACUACCUCAACCUAAUGUACACCAAGGCACACCUCGAGGACUACUGCCUCGGGCCAGAAGAGGCCUUGCUGACGAGCAAGCAGAUGCUGCUGCAGUGGAAGACGUUCUACGAGUCCGAGCUUAAGAGCGACUAUGCCCAGACCGGUCUGCAAAGAGUGACCAGCUGCAAUCGUGGCUCGUUCCACGUGCGAUCAGGUGACUUCUCAGACCGGGAGUCAGGCCAGUCGAUCGCCGCAGCUGCGCGUGUGGAGCAGGCACUGUCCGAGGCACUGCAGACGGGCGCGGGACCCAUGGUGCACCCGCCGACCCAGACGGGCGGGGGCGGCGCGGGCGGUGGGUCGAUGGCAGCCCUUCGCGAGAAGCGCGGCUCCCAGACCCUCUGGCUACUGCAACUGCAGGUGUGGCUCCUGAUAGCUGAGCUGUACCUCAAGAUGGAGCAGCUUUCUGAAGCCGAGGCCUGCAUCCUCGAGGCAUCCAACAUCUACCCCCUGUCGCACCAGCUCAUGGUCAUGAAGGGCUUGCUGCACGAGCUGCGGAAGGAGUACUACGACGCGAAGACGUGCUUUCAAAAUGCAGUCUCCAUCAAUCCGCUGCACGUCACCGCUCUUCAGCACCUGGGCCUGGUCUACCACUACUUGGGCAGCAGUCAACUUGCCGAGAAGACGCUGAGAGAUGCGGUGGCCAUUGACCCCAUGUGCCACCAGUCCUGGUUCAACAUGGGCAAGGUGCUUCAGGAGACGGGCGACUUCGACUCCGCCACUGACUGCCUCAACACGGCCAUUCAGCUCGAGAUGACAACACCGAUAUUGCCGUUCUCGACUGUUCCCCGUACGCUCGAGUAACGGCGGCAAACGUUCCGAUACUCUGCGAUCUCACACCUUUCUAGUUACUGAGAGCGCUAGCGGGCUUGUACAAAAUUGUAAAGCGGAAAACUUGCAUUGUAAGCGAACAACUUGAGAUUUAUUUGCGUCAGUAACGCCAUUACCAGCAGCAAUAAAUGUGCGUUACAUGCGGGGCAUGUGACACAGGCUGCAAUAUCGCGUACGGUUAGUUUGGUCGAGUACCCUUCUCAAACUUUAGAUGUAUUUGUCGUUAUGUUUCGAAAGUUUUAGCACGAAUGUUGUACUAAAAAAUAAACCUCUGUUGAUGGAA